GCAACAAUGCUACCACACGUCUGGACAAAAGGACAAAACCAGAAAUGCUAAAAGCACACUCAGGCAGCAGUGAUGGCAGGCACGAUUGCUUUGCCUCUUCAGCAAUUCAUUGCAUCAUUGGACAACACUUGUCUGCCAAAAAUUCUACAGGUUUGCUCUGGAGUGUAUUUCCAAGGGUCUAUAUAUGAAAUUUCUGGGAGUGAAGUGUGCUUUUCUACUGGGGAUCUAAUAAAGGUUAUAGGCAUCGAGCUCCUAUCAGUUUGCUGUGAAGACAUCAGCAACAAUGAGAAAUUUGAGCUGCCCAUUAACCACACAGGCUUGUUCAAGGUUGUUCCAGAGGAAAUGCCGUAUAGUACAAUUGAGGAGAUGGUGAGCCUGAGGCCUGUGGGCCUGGAAUCAAGCCUCCCCUUUACUUUCACCAGCCACUCCAAGAUGAACUUUGGCAAUUUCACACUGGGGGCUGGGAGAGCUUUGACUGUGCUCUCCAUUGAGCGGCAUGAGGGCGAGGAGGAUCUGGUGCGCUGCCUCGUACGAGGACAGCAGGAAGCCUCUGCAGAAGUGUUUAUCCCACUAUCCUCCCAAGGGGAGUUCUUUGAGUGUGAGAGCGAGGAGUGCUUCACUCUGCAGGAGAUCAUGUCCUCAGUCUGCCUGCGUAGUCGAAGGUUUCGCUUCAUCAACACCACUAAGUGUCAACGGCCCCUUGUCCUCAGUCCAAUAUACCAGGUCCAAGCCAUCAUGAACAUGCGGAAGAAUGUGUUGAAGUUUCCGUCCAGCUUAGAGGUGGAUGUGGUUGAUGUCACUGACCUGUGUAAGGAUGUGAACUUUGUGAGCCCGCUCAGUCUGACAGAGGUUCAUUCCCAGCCAGAUGAAUCCUUCCCUGCAGUAGUGGAGAUAUUGGAAGGCCCAGAGACCCGCUCUCUGUUCAAGUGCAGCUGGCUGCCAGAACUUAACCAGAGUAGCCACCUGGUUUUCCACAAUACAGGAACCUCAGCCAUGAUUUUAUUAUCCAGUCCAAAGAGCCGAAAGGUACAGCAGUACUUUCUGGUAUCUCAGCAAUAUGGUGGACGAUUUCGUAGGCGGCCAAGAGAGUUUAAUUCAGUGUAUGAGCUGUAUGUUGCUUCAAUCCAGGCACCUGGCCUGAAGGUCAGUGUAACAAGGAACAGUGAGGAAGUCGAGGAGGAGGGCCUGCCUGACCUCAGUGUGGGGGAACAGCUGGAGGUCAUUCGCUGCGAAAGGAUGGAGUUGCCUUGUGAAAGCAGCAAGGGACAGAAGCAGUCCGUCGAGGCUCUUUUGUGUCAGCGUCUCCAAGAGCCGGAUGAUGGGGAUGAUGAUGAAGAGGAGGUCAAGCAGGAGGAGGAGAGGGAGGAGAUAUUUCUGCCUCUGUACAUGCAGGGUCACUUCGUUGAGGUAUUGAGUGAUAACAAGAAGUACAGACUCAGGGACUUAGGUAAAGAGUUUAGUUUGCCGCUGGAUGUUAAAGUGGUGAGUCGUGAUACUGAACUCGAGACUGAUCCACUAUUUGGGUUUGCAUGUCUAAGGAUAGAGGGGGCUAUGUUAGAGCCCACCAUCCAGGCAAGCUUUCCACAGAGUCCAGACCACUGUUUCGAGAUCCCAAUCCAGUGGCUUUCUAUGUCCGUCUCGUUUACCAAGGACCCCCUCCCAUGGCCCAGUGGUCAACCACCUAAGUUCCACGUGGACAGGGUUACUGAGGUGACAGACACGUUCUUUUAUGAAUUUCGCAAACAGGGGAACUCCGGUGAAGCUCCUCCACCCCGACCACCAAAGCGAAAUCUGUCAUCAUCAAAGUCUAGCAAAAAACCAUCAACAACGUCAAAGAAAUCAUCCAAGGCAGACAAGACUAAACAUCGAGCAGAGAAAAGUGUCCCAGCCAAAGAGCUAGCCAAUUUGACUCUGGAUAGCAAAAGAAGGCCCCCAGCUCCCCCCCCUCCAGCUAUCUUAGAUGAUCAGCCUCCCCCAGUUGCACCCCGGAAGCAGUCAGCUAUAGUGACAACAGGCAAGGCUCUGCCAAACACUUACGUAGAAAGGGAAGAGUCUAAGAAAAAAGAAGAAAAAAGAAAGAAAAAGAAAAAAGUGCCGGUGUGCAACGUCACAGCACAUGUGAAGAGCGACCAGGACUAUGACACUGUGGAUGACAGCGACCAUGACUAUGAAACCGUGGACGAGACCUUGCUGGCAGUUGUGAAGAAAGCACAAGAGGAUGCCGUGUUCUACUAAAAACAACCUGUCCAUGAAAUCCGAAAUAUUGUGCUGAAAAUAAUUGGUUUAAUAUAAUCUGUUAAAUACAGUACUGAAAUAGAUUCAGUUUCCUGACAAUAUACUUCAUCUGUGAGGACCUAGGAGAUGCUAUGCAAGAUUUAUAGCAACCCAGUGGAGCUUUUGGUGACUAGUGACACAGUAGAGAAUCGUUUUGAUAAAUGGUUUCACUGGCGAUCUACAAGCAUGCAUAUUUGGUUUUGUGGACACUUAAUAGCAAAUGUUUGCCCACACAAAUAUUUGAUGUUGUGACACCAUCCUCCGGUGUAUCAGAAAACACAACACCCCUGGCUCUGAUGUGGUCAGCGAAACUCUUCAGAUGGCUGUAGCUGUGUUGUGUACAGCAUACCAUCCUCAAACUUUGAUUGAACCAAUACUACCUUUGUAGUAUUUAUUGUUGUAGUAUUUGUUGAAAUAUGAUAUUGUAUCUGUUGUUGUUCAAACUUGUCAGCAAAUAGUUUAUCCAACUAUAUAGUAGUUUUGGAUACAAUACCAAUAUAUUGUGCAAUACUAAGCAGUAACUGUAGUGUCCAUCCUAGAACAAAACAGCUACAACAUAUAAUACAGUCAGACUUGAAUCAUUACGGUGUUGUCUCAAGACAAUUUAUAAGCUUCACAGAGGUAGUUAUGGGUUACAUUUGAUUGUACAGGCAUUUAAUGUAUGUGUCAAACUCAAACUCAUAGGGUAUAUAUGCAAACUCUAAACAGAGAGGGCUCUGACAAGUCCUUGCUGGGAGGCAAGUCUUAACCACAAAGAUGACAAAAUGGCAACUCUGCAGCUUCUCACAAGGCCAUGGGUUCCAGUGCUAUUGAUAGCAGCUCUCCCAGCCGUCACUGCAAACUACUGAUCAGAGUACAAGAAUGUGCUGCUUAUUGUAUCCAAUCCACUUUUUUUUUUUUUCUAUUUAUUUAAUUGAAAGGACUCAUUGGUGGACUUGUUUUUUUCCCCCAAUUAUAGACGGUACCUAGAACAUUUUCAUGUAGGUUUUGCAGCUUCUUUUUCCCCUAAUGGGUCUUCCUCAUUGAAAGACUCACUGCCAAAGACAACGAAAUAAUAUAGAAGUUCAUAUUUUGUUUUCAUUCCUUUUAAGGUAGAAACCAUUGUAUUAAUAACAUUCUGUAUAUUAUUUGUCUGAAAUUGAAUUUUGUACUACGGACAAAAUUAUAUAAAUUACAUAAAAAGUGGCUUGAGAAUGCA